AUGUCUGCGUCGAGGAUAUGCGUUACCUUUAUACGCCAAGCUGCUUAUUUGAGUCACUGUGUCUUUUUCCUGCCAGAGAGCAGUCUGUUUCAGAGGUCGGAGGAUAGUUGCUUUUACCUCCCCGCGCUCUUUCGAAUAAAUGUAAGGGGUUCUAUGUCGUCUCUUCGGCCUCGCCUGAUUGCUAUUGAUACCCUCGGUAGCAUACGUACUCCUCGAAUGGAAAUGUCUUCUGCCACACCUUCUGUCACCGUGGCCUGGGAUGGCGACAUUCAAACAGUCAGGCAGGACGAUGGUAAUUUUCAACUCCAAAUGAAUGAGCAUUCGCUUGAGGUCAGAGGAAAGAUUGACGAGAUUAGGGAACUUGAGGUGUCGAAAUCCCGCUUCUGGACAGACUGUCUGCUUCCAGCAGUGAAACGGAGGUGGAAUGGUGAAGACACGGUCGUUGUUCUACGCGAAUACCUGGACUCCUCAUCGCCCGGUGACGUUUUCGCCUCACCCUCCCGUUCUAGCAAUGCCUCUACAUCCGCAGCUAAAGACAACGACUCAACCUCCUUUUCAUCAUUCGCACAGGGUCUUGAUCUGUAUCGCGAGGGUGGGGACGCUUUCGAGUAUUUUGAGGCUUAUUUCCACCGGUUGGUGGAGGAAUGCGACCGACCGAACGGUUUUUCCCUUCUCGUCGACUCUGACUCCGGUUUUGCCGGUGUGGGUCUUCGCCUGGGCGAGUUUCUUAGUGAGGAGUUCGCAAAACGCCCUGUUUUCACUUCCGCUAUCUCCUCCUACUUCCAGCCCUCUCAACUUUCGAGCCGGUGGUCUACUGUCUGCCUCAACCGGCUAACCCUCUUCACUGUCAUGGAGGAAGCCACGAACUGGCCCUCCUGCUCUGCCUGGAUGCCAGUGACGGACACUGGCGAUGCCUGCGCCGCCUCCAGUCGCUUGGCUGCUGGACUGGCAACCCUAUUCACUCCCAUCUUGCUCAACCGUGACUACAAGUACUCCUCUGAACUGCAUGGUUUUAUCAAUUCAUUAAUACCAACGCACAAAAAGAUGAUGUCACUGUCAUUAACUACUCAGGAUAUCACGACGAAGCUUCAAGAAGACCAGAUAUGGACACAUGCAAAUACUUUCAGUAUGUGUCACGACACGACCCAGGUGUCAUCCCGUCCCCGUUCCCUAGUUUGUCAGCUUUCGACACGCGGGUUCUUAAUGGAAGAGGGCAGUUUUCUCCCCUACCUGCCACGGUCCCGCGGUUAUGCUUGCUUCCUUGAGGAGGGUGUGGACCCACAGCUAUCCUGCUCCCUGCCGGCUGCUCCCCUCACUCUUCCACGACUAAAUGGGACGGAGACUUUGCUCUGCACCCAGCCCGUGCGCUCGCGUGCUUGCGCACUCAUCGAGGCCGUCAGUCAUUGGACUGCUGAGAACCAGUGGUUGGCCCGAGGGCUGAAGCUUCACAUGGACUGCGCAUUCCGCAAACCUCUCAACCCUUACCUAGAGACCGAUGAACUGCGUCAGCUGCAAGAGUCCGCUGUGGACCAUCUUGUAGAGGCUUACGCCUCACCAGAUGGCUGA